AUGCAGUUGCUCUUGGCGACGUUUCUCUUCGUUUGUGCCUCUGCUGAGCUGCGUGUCUCGAAGCGGAGCACGUUCACUGGACAGGAGAGUAGCCACCCUGUGCCCCAUCCGGCAGAUGGAGCUAGUGCCAGACAUCUGCAGGACUGUGAGGCGAUUGGCUGGGUCGAACUUUGCGAACGGAAGAAGUUGACGGCCGGGGCGUGCUUUCAACUCGAGCCCACAGCGGCAGCUCCACCCUGCGAGCUGCAAGGGCCCCAUGGGGCACCGGCACAGCUGCGACCAGCGACUGCCGGGAUUUUGACCUUGAGAUCUGGGGAGCUACGCAUCACCGGGCAAAUUCAGAUGACGUCGCUCCGCCUGGCAGCCAAGACUGUGAACUUUGCAGAUGCUCACGUGGAAGCGUGGCAUGAAGGUCCAUCGGAUCCAAACUCUACCGCAACUGGUGGCGCCUUUUUCAGCGUGGGGUCAUUCACUUUGACCAGGUCCCGACUGACUGUGAGAGGCUCUGCAGCGGCAGAUGGUGGUGGCUUCGCAGCGGGCGGAGACCUGACCCUGGGCAUUGCAGAGAGCAGGAGUGUGUUCCAAGACUCUGAAGUCGUGAUCGAGAACGUUUCAGCAAAGUCUGGUGCUGGCUUCGUUGUCAUGGGAGACAACUCAAUGAUCUUCAUUCAGAAUGCGAGAUCCACAAAAAACGGAGGUGGCUUCUCAACCAGAAAACGCUUGCGAGUGGCCAACAGCUCAGUUGUCAGCCUUGAGAAGGUGACCACAGAAGGCAGUGGAGGAGGUUUCAAUGCCCUUGGAGAGGUUGAGAUAGCUGGGAAUUCGACAGUCAAGAUUUCCAACAGUCGUGCUGAAACAGGAAAUGGAGGAGGUUUUGACACUGACAAGGGCUUGAAGGUGUCCAACGGCUCAAGACUCAUCAUUCGGAAUGCGGCUGCUGGGAAAUAUGGAGGAGGAUUCUAUGCCAAAGGCAAGACUACCAUCAGCAGGUCCACCGUCAGCAUUCAAAAUGCGACGGCCAAGCAGAAUGGUGGAGGAUUUUGUGCAUCUGAUGAGGUUGUCAUCGAUGAGAUGUCAAGCGUCAGCAUUUCCACUUCAAGAUCGAGAUUUGGCGGAGGCCUCCAUACGGACGAGCGCUUGCAGGUGACCAGCGGCUCAGCUGUCAGCCUUCAGAACGUGAUUGCGCAGGAGUAUGGAGGAGGUUUCAAUGCCCUUGGAGAGGUUGAGAUAGCUGGGAAUUCGACAGUCAAGAUUUCCAACAGCCGUGCUGAAGCAGGAGAUGGAGGAGGUUUUGACACUGAAAAGGGCUUGAAGGUGUCCAACGGCUCAAGGAUCAUCAUUCGCAGUGCGGCUGCUGGAAAUUCUGGAGGAGGAUUCUUUGCCAAAGGCAAGACCACCAUCAGCAGGUCCACCGUCAGCAUCCAAAAUGCCACGGCCCAUUUUGGCGGAGGCUUCCAUACGGACAGACGCUUGCAGGUGACCAACAGCUCAGCUGUCAGCCUUCAGAACGUGAUUGCGCAGGAGUAUGGAGGAGGUUUCAAUGCCCUUGGAGAGGUUGAGAUAGCUGGGAAUUCGACAGUCAAGAUUUCCAACAGCCGUGCUGAAGCAGGAGAUGGAGGAGGUUUUGACACUGAAAAGGGCUUGAAGGUGUCCAACGGCUCAAGGCUCAUCAUUCGCAGUGCGACAGCUGGAAGGCAUGGAGGAGGAUUCUAUGCCAUAGGCAAGACUACCAUCAGCAGGUCCACCGUCAGCAUCCAAAAUGCCACAGCCCAGGAGAGUGGUGGAGGGUUUUGUGCUGUUGACGAAGUUGUCAUCGAUGAGAUGUCAAGCGUCAGCAUUUCCACUUCAAGAUCGAGACAUGGUGGAGGCUUCCAUACGGACGAGCGCUUGCAGGUGACCAACAGCUCAGCUGUCAGCCUUCAGAACGUGAUUGCGCAGGAGUCUGGAGGAGGUUUCGAUGCCCUUGGAGAGGUUGAGAUAGCUGGGAACUCGACGAUCAAGAUUUCCAACAGUCGAGCUGAAGCAAAAAAUGGAGGAGGUUUUCACACUGAAAAGGGCUUGAAGGUGUCCAACGGCUCAAGGCUCAUCAUUCGCAGUGCGACUGCUGGAAAUUCUGGAGGAGGAUUCUUUGCCAAAGGCAAGACCACCAUCAGCAGGUCCACCGUCAGCAUCCAAAAUGCCACGGCCCAUUUUGGCGGAGGCUUCCAUACGGACAGACGCUUGCAGGUGACCAACAGCUCAGCUGUCAGCCUUCAGAACGUGAUUGCGCAGAAGCAUGGAGGAGGUUUCGAUGCCCUUGGAGAGGUUGAGAUAGCUGGGAAUUCGACAGUCAAGAUUUCCAACAGCCGUGCUGAAUCAAGAGAUGGAGGAGGUUUUGACACUGAAAAGGGCUUGAAAGGUCUCCAACGGCUCAAGGAUCAUCAUUCGCAGUGCGACAGCUGGAAGGGUGGAGGCUUCCAUACGGACGAGCGCUUGCAGGUGACCAACAGCUCAGCUGUCAGCCUUCAGAACGUGACUGCUGGAAAUCAUGGAGGAGGUUUCAAUGCCCUUGGAGAGGUUGAGAUAGCUGGGAAUUCGACAGUCAAGAUUUCCAACAUCCGUGCUGAAUCAAGAGAUGGAGGAGGUUUUGACACUGAAAAGGGCUUGAAGGUGUCCAACGGCUCAAGGCUCAUCAUUCGCAGUGCGACAGCUGGAAGGCAUGGAGGAGGAUUCUAUGCCAAAGGCAAGACCACCAUCAGCAGGUCCACCGUCAGCAUCCAAAAUGCCACAGCCCAGGAGAUUGGUGGAGGGUUUUGUGCUGUUGACGAAGUUGUCAUCGAUGAGAUGUCAAGCGUCAGCAUUUCCACUUCAAGAUCGAGACAGGGUGGAGGCUUCCAUACGGACGAGCGCUUGCAGGUGACCAACAGCUCAGCUGUCAGCCUUCAGAACGUGAUUGCGCAGGAGUCUGGAGGAGGUUUCGAUGCCCUUGGAGAGGUUGAGAUAGCUGGGAACUCGACGAUCAACAUUUCCAACAGCCGCGCUGAAGCAGGAGAUGGAGGAGGUUUUGACACUGAAAAGGGCUUGAAGGUGUCCAACGGCUCAAGGAUCAUCAUUCGCAGUGCGACUGCUGGAAAUUCUGGAGGAGGAUUCUUUGCUAAAGGCAAGACCACCAUCAGCAGGUCCACCGUCAGCAUCCAAAAUGCCACGGCCCAGGAGAUUGGUGGAGGGUUUCGUGCAUUUGAUGAGGUUUUCAUCGAUGAGAUGUCAAGCGUCAGCAUUUCCACUUCAAGAUCGAGAUUUGGCGGUGGCUUCUCAACCAGAAAACUCCUGCGAGUGGCCAACAGCUCAGCUGUCAGCCUUCAGAACGUGAUUGCGCAGGAGUAUGGAGGAGGAUUCUAUGCCGUUGGAGAGGUUGAGAUAGUCCUGAACUCAACUGUAAACAUGUCCAACAGCCGCGCUGAAUCAGGAGAUGGAGGAGGUUUGUACACUUGGAAGGGCUUGAAGGUGUCCACCGGCUCAAGGCUCGUCAUUCGGAAUGCGACAGCUGGAAGGCAUGGAGGAGGAUUCUAUGCCAAAGGCAAGACCUUGAUCAGCAGGUCCACCGUCAGCAUCCAAAAUGCCACAGCCCAGGAGAUUGGUGGAGGGUUCAGUGCUGAAGGAGUCGCGGUUAUCCAGGAUUCUACAGUGGCCAUGUUCAGCACCGAUGCCGGGGCAGAUGGUGGUGCUUUUUCUGUGCUUGGUUUGACUUUGCACAGAAGCUCGAUGUCCAUCAGCAACUCCACUGCACUCGGAUCCGGCUCUGCAGGUCGUGCAGAUGGUCAAGUGCUUCUUUCAGCACAGUCCAACUUGGCGGUGACACAUGCCCAAGGUCUCGACAAUUCCAGCGUGCUAACUGCAGGUUGCCUCCACCUGCGUGAUCGGUCGCAGGUUCUUUUUGAAGAUGCCCUUGGUGGCCACGGGGUGGAGCUGCAAAAUAGUGAUAGUGGAUGCUCUGACGUUUGCUCAAACAGCACCUUCCAUGUUGCAACGGAUGCAGCCCUCAACGCCAGUGGCCGCUUGAGCUCCGGCUUUCUCUCCCUUGCAUCCUGCCCAAAGGAGAAGGUACGUCUGUCAGGCAUCCACCUGCACUCCUGGUCCAGCGCGUUGCUCAGCACCCGGCCCAGUUCUGUGAUAAUCGACCAAGUGACUAUCGACUAUGAACCACCUAUCGACAAUUUGCAGGUCCUGGCUGCCAAGGAUGGCUUUGAGAUCAACUCUUUGACGGUUUCCUGCCGGAACUGCCCAUGGGGCGUGACUUUCAACGCUACGAAGGACAGAAGUCUGAAAGCCGUGAGCUCUGAAUAUCUCAAAUGCUCCAAGACCGUCACAGCGUCCAAAGGCCUGACGCAACGUUGCAAUUGUUCCAACUACCAGAUUGCAACCGAGCACUUUCGUGGUGUAGAUAUGGUGCCCUUGGAAAGCAUUUUCCAGACGUGCAUGUUUUGCAAGCCUCACUUCCACUUUCAGAAUGGCGAUUGUCCAAAAUGUGGAAUCUUCAAUGCUUGGUCUGAUGGAAAAAAAGAUGUCUGUCAUGUUCUGCCACGCAAGAAGACGGAGCUGAUCACACUCUUGACUGGUGGAGCCGUCGUUGUCAUUUUGACCUUCCUUGCAUUCGAGAUUUUGCGCGCUCCUUUGACGAUCCUCGAUGCGAAGUCAGAUUUGGCAGAUCCAACACAAGCGGAAAGCAAGAGGACUUUCACGCUUUCAGUGCAAGGCCCUAUCGUUGAUCUUCAUAAAAGCCUGUCUCGCUUGGUGCACCAGCGAGUGCGCUAUCGGGCAAAGGGAACGGGGUUGAUAUGGCUGGACUAUGAGCAGAAGAAGUCCAACGCAAUCAAAGUUAGCAAUAUUGCGCGCAGAAAGCUUCUGUUGCAAGACACGAAUCCCCCGUUGGAUUGCGCUUCGUGCAAGGGAUCUUUGCACGCCGCUGAUUUCUUUUACCUGCUCGGCUUGCUCACUGCAUGCAUAUCAGUGACGGCAAUGCUACCUGUCAUCAUCAACGUAGCAGUCACAUCGGGAAACGGUGUGGGGCACGUUUUCGUUACUGCAUUUUAUGUGACCCUUCCUCUGGUUGCUGCUGCGGCGCUGCUGCACUUUCCGAUCGCGUGGCUGAUCCAACGGCAAUAUCGUAGAACGUCAUUUUCGGAGGCUUUGGAUGAGUACCGGAAGCAGAUCAACUGCAAGCCAUUCACAGGACCUGAUGCAACCCAUCCUCGCAACCAGGGCUUGCAGGUUCUGAAUUUGCGCGGUUUGUGGAAGCACUUCGAGAGUUUUAUUCUGGAGCGCAAUAUGCACUUUGUAGUUGCCAACAUAGUGACGCCCCUGACGCAAAGCAGAGAGGUUUCCUUUGUAACACUGUGGGGCGGCAGGCGAGUGAAAUAUUUUGUGUCUCAUUCCUGGGGCACCAGUUUUCCGCACUUCGUGCGUUCCAUCCAAUGCCAUGCUAUGUCCAAAGAGGGCUCCACUUCUUGGAUUGAUGCAGCAUAUUGGAUCUGCUCAUUUGCGAACAACCAGUGGGAUAUCGGAGCCGCAGUGGGAAGUGACCCCAUGCAGAGCAACUUUGCACGCGCAUUGAGAGGCGGAAUCAAAGGGGUUGCGAUGGUCUUGGACCAGGAAGUGCAGCCUCUCACAAGAGUUUGGUGUCUAUUCGAAUUCCUCCUGUCCAGCCAAGAGCACUUGGAGUUGGUUUUUGUCACCAGUGCUGGCGUGAUAGGUGAUGAUGGCUGCAGCUCCUUUGACGUUGCGUUGGAGGUGGGCAGGAAAGACAUCUUCGAUUUCAUCAUCUCGAAAUUAGGGAGCCUCAGGCGGAUGGAUAAGCAAAUUCGAGCGCUCAUGGCUGAAAUGCUGAUGCGAAAUCUGUCCAACGUGGAACGGGCAACGGGAAAUCUUGUGGACAGCCUGGGCCCAGUCGUGACUCUGAAUGAAGAGUGUUUUCAAUCACAUGUUGCUUCAGGAAUCCUCCAGAUCUAUUCAAGUUACAGUAAAUUUUGUACACAUUGUGACUUCUUGAGCACGCACAAGACCGUGACUCGUCCAAUGGAGUUCACCCACUUGAGCAACUAG